GCUACCGCCAUUUGGUCGAACUGCGCCAUGCGUGAAAUGCAGCGAUAGUUCGGACUUCCUUACCGCUGGCAUCUGCAGUUCUCUCUGCCCAAAAGAAGGUGCCUGUGCCACAAGUACCUUGAACAUCCAUGACCACCAACAACACCACACCGACACAUCAAUAUGCGCAUAGAAGGGUCUUCACAGCUGACGAAAACAACUCUCUAUGGAUUGAGCGAUAAUCACACAUUGAUGGAAUAGAACGCGACCACAACACACCACCACGACGCAUAUUCGUCAAUGCGAGCAGACUCGACCCCAACCUCUACCCGCCGAACAUCCAAGAACCACCGCUCUAACACUCGAUCUUCUUCCAAACCGCAAAAUGUAGACUCACCUCGGCCCAGUGGGCUCUACGAAUCACCUUCCGUUCAAGACCGCAUUCGACAAUGGCAGGCUCAAGGUGCAGCAAAUGCCCCGCCGCCGGAUGCAGUGAGCGUCCGAUCGAUUCCCAUCUCCGAAUGCCCCUCCACUGUAUCGAGGCCAGAGUCGGGAUAUGGAAACGAGUCAAGAGGUCGCGUCGGCGGAAGAACCAAAGCCAAAGAUGAGGAGGAUCCAGAGAGGGGAAGGAGCUCCAGCGCUCCGCGAAGACGCAUUAUCAGCGAUGGUCACUGGAAGACCCAGAGGCAAGCCAAAGACAACAAGGAAGCAAAGUCUGGAGCCAGCCGACGGCCGGAAUCACGAUUGUAUGAUCUCUCGUACACCUCGAACCAAGAAAAGGGCAAAGAUAGACGCCGCUCCAAAAUACAGCAACGUCCGGGCACCGGCCAGGGAACGGAACAAACUGUGCCGCACGACGACGGCAUUAGAGUGGCACCAAUUCCAGUUGAUGACCAAGCGCAAGAGGGGGAGUUGCCGCCUGCUUAUGACAUGGAAAGCCGAGCAGACGAAGAGCUGGCUCGACAUUUGACUACGGAAUCUAUCGUGUCUGGAGAUUUCGGGAGAGAUGCACAUGAACCAAUGGGACCCGAGGAGGGUGUCCCAGUGGAUUGGAAACCCAGUAAAUACGCUGAGUUACUGGGAAGGACUGGGGAUGCUUCCUUGGAUGGGAGCCCGCCAAAAUCCAGGAAAGGUGGACUAAUAGGCAAGACCAGAGGCAUGUUUAUCAAGGCCGAGACUCUAUCUACCGCCGGCAACAGACUACCCAGUAUUGAAGCAUGGCUUGACGAGCAGCCCGAUCCCUUCGUCGACGCAGACGGCUUGGAUGAUCCGCCACCGGUCGAGGUGCCUCAGCCGUUGAGGAAACGUACGCACCGGAAGCGUUCCUCCAUCGAGAAGUCUAUCGCGCCUGAUCCCAAUCAGAUAUGGAAUUCCAUUUCGCCACAACAGACCGAAACCAGUCUGCGCGAUCCACCGAGGCCUGGUAGCUCGGUUCCUUCACCAAAUGCCAACCAGAAGUCCUCUUCAAAACUUAGCAAUGCCGCAGAUGAGACACACGAUGGAACUGAUGGGUCACCGUCCAACCUGCGAAGGAGAGGUGCAAAAGUUCGCCGUCAGCGAAGCCCGGUCAAGAGGGAUAUGGUGCCGGAUGGAAGCUCCUCAGAGCCCACAAUGUCGCUGGCAGAAGGUUGUCCAGCUGGGAAUACGGCUGGUAGAGCUCCCAGCCUACCUCAACGGCCCUGUCCCCCCACAGGUCCGCAUCAACUUUCGACAAUCCAGUCUGUGGAGACUUUCAAAGAAACAGAUCUAGAGCCGGGUGCGGAGGGAAAGGCUCCCGGAGAGGUCUGUGGCCUCAAACGCAAGCUAACCACUCACGAAGAUUUGAUGUCAGUUUUGUCUUUGCCGAGGGGCAGCCGCGCCCGCCGAUCAAGACGCAAUGCGAGAACUACACAAGCAAAACAACAGCCAAGUUCAGCACAAGACAUACUCGCUGCGGUGGUGGCUGACGAAGAAAGGUAUGGACGGGAGUUACGAACCUUGGUCGAUGGUGUCAUACCAGUUUUGCUACAAUGCCUUCUGUCCAAAACAGAUGCCGCGGCCGCGGCGGGAUUGUUCACAUCAGCAUCCCUCGAGGAUGGGGCGAGCAUCACCAGGCCCAUCAUUGAUAUGGGAAUUGCCCUGGAGAGGUUGAAGGCCCUGCACAAUCGAAUUCCUUCCCAAAACCUGGACAGCCUUCUCAACUGGGGCCAAACUUCGGAGAAAGCAUAUAGAGACUAUUUACAAGCCUGGAGGCUUGGCUUUCAAGACGUGGUAGUCAACCUUGCACCCCUGGAAAGCUCAUCAGCUCAGGAGCAAGGCAUGGCCAGGGACGAGGCCGGAGACCUCGUCGACGCGGCAGGCAAGAAAGUCGACGUUGCAUAUCUCUUGAAAAGACCACUCGUGAGAGUUAAGGCUUUGAGCAAGACAUUUAAUCGAAUCAAGGAUGAAUAUGACGGACCCCUUGCCGCACAGAUGGCCAAUACUUAUGCCGACCUGACAGCACUUGCAAAGAGGCGGAACCAAGAAGAACAAGCCAGAUUGGAAGAUGAGGCAGCUGCCAACAUCGAUGCAACAAGAGCCCGAGAUAUCAGGACAAUGGCAGCUUCAGCGCACAUCACUGUCGACAAAUCCCGCCGCGUGAAGGCAAGGGACGUCUUCAACCUCACCAUCUAUCACUCAAGCGGACAAAGAAUGGACUGCAGCAUCGAACUGGUCUUUCGAGAUAACGCUCGCGGUGAGCCAGCUGGUGGAGACGUCCUGGUCUGUGAAAUCGAUGAUACAGGGAAGUGGCUGCUCUUUGCUCCCAUUGAGCUGAACUCGAUAUCUGCCAGGCGCGGUGAGGAUGGGUUCGAUCUCGUCAUCAUGGUUCGGGGUCGGGCAGGUAUUGGACAGGAAUGGCACGAAUUAUUGGCCUUGAAGACGGAUGAUAAAGAAGCCGUGGCGGAAUGGAUGGAUAUGCUUGGGUCGAACCCUCUUCCCGCGAGGCUGAAUCGCACACCCAGUUUUGUGAAGCGACCUUCACCUUUGGCCAUCACACCAGCAGCCGAAUCCGAGUCUUCAGCCUCGAAUACUACCAGUCAGCCAGACAACAAAACCCUUGCAACCGAACAUCUAGAUGUACCUAUUGGCGAACCCUCGGUUCUUGGGGCCCGUGGAGGGUUGAGUCGGCGUCCAGACUUUAACAAGCCACUGGUAGACAGACCGUCACCGCGGUUGAAUCUAGGAGGUGGACUUGCAUCAAAACCUCUUCCCCAGCAUCCGCCAGCGUCGAAAAUUCCAUCAAGGCGCCCAGUCUCGGUCCCAUCAGUCUUGUCUUCUGAUCGAUCGACAAUUUCAGAUCGUUCCAUACGGGAUUCCGCAACCAUACUCACCUCAUCAUCAACCAAAACUGCAUCAACUAACCCUAGCCAUGGAUCUCACAACAAGAUUUCUGAGGCGUGGCGAUCUUCUCAGCCUCUAUAUCACAAAUCUUCCGAUGGAAUGAAAAAUCAUGUUGAGAACAACCACAAUGCAGGCUUUCCAAAGCCCAGUGGACCUGUCAAUUCUAGCAGUGACUACAAUCGUUCUUCGAUAUCACACCCGAAAUCGGACACAAGUACGACGCAGCCUGCGUUAUGGGACUCACAGCUUUCGCCGCCAACGGCCAGCAGAGAGUCAAACUUGUCCAGACCUUCCCCGGAAACAUCCCCCCAAAGACCAGAAUACCAUCGAGCAAUGUCCUCCACCCCAUCGAAAGAGCUGCCGACUGUCAACAAGCUUCGAACCCCACAAGCCCAAGGAAGUCGGUUAUCAUCCCUGCCAGCAAGACAAUCUCCAGGGUCACAAUUAUCAACACCUGAACCUUAUCAGCAGCAACAGCGGCCAAAGCGAGAGCACAAGAGUUCGCCCAGAAGUCAGUUAUUCACUGAGGAUAUCCCCAUUCCGCCAGCACACAGAACUCGUGAAGAUCGCCCGUUUGUACCCAGUCUUGGGAUUUCGUCCCCGCCGACCUCCCCACCGCAUGGUUCUGGCAUUCUGCAGCCAAUAUCAAGCAAUAGGCCCAGUCCUGUGCUGAAACCUAGUCCGAGUCCCGCGGACAAGACGGUGAGGCGGCGGACUUCCUCGCCUCUGAAGCAUGAAUAUGAACCAUCCACAAGCUCUGACACUUCCGGAUAUGAUUCAGACAGUGACAGCAGUUCGUCUUCUGACACUUCGGAAGACUUCUUGUCAGAGCAUGGGGAUAAACCAACACCUCUCGUGGCCAUCAGGGCGGGUGAAGGACGAACAUUGAAACAAUCGGUUCCCCCGCCUUCAAUGAAAUCCACGGGUACCCGCACGCUGGCUCCCUCGGACUCUGCUUCUCAAGGUCCUUACCGCAAGGUUCCUUCAUCGACCACGAUUCCAGCAGGCAAGCAGGCAAAGACAAUCGCGUUGAUAUGCUCGUGGUCCGACAGAGGCAUGUGGGAGCAGAUUUAUCCUGACGAGUGCUCCAUCGUAAUCUCGCCCGGUUUGAUCGAAGCCUUUGAGAUGUCCGCGGCUCAUUCCGACGCUCAAAAUCCCUUGGGCAAUCGCUCACUUGACAGUCAUGGCCUGGGAAAGAACUCCGUCUCCCAGCAGCCUCUGGUAGCUUUUGAGUUGACACCAAUUGUUCCGCUACGCAGGGGAACUGCGCUGGACAUUUCGAUCCGGUCUCCUCCGACAGCCAACUCGAAGAUCAGAACGACCAAUAAUGUUAUGUUCCGUUCGCGGAAUCCAGAAGAGUGUGAAGCACUGUAUGGAAUGAUCAACUGGGCUCGGUGUAACAACCCUACAUAUAUCCAGCUGCAAAAUGCACGGCCUCGUCGCCAACCGUCAGUGACUUUCAAUGUUGGCCAAGCUCAACAGAGUCGCUCGAGGGCGAGUUCAUGGUUCAGCUUCGGGAGUCAGAAGAAAUCGAGUUACCGGGCUUCAUCAGCUCCAACACCCGCCUCAAUCGACCUGUCAGUGGAGAGCUCGGGAACUGUGACAAGCGCUUUCUCCGCACUCAAGAGACUUGGCGUUAGUACCGCCUUCAAUCUCAAUCGAUCUUCCGUGAGACGCAGAAAUGGUGGUGGCGGCGGCGGCACGGGGGAGUCUCUUUAUUCCUCCAGCAGUGGGACCGGGACAGGGUCGGGCUCAGGCACACCCCCGCCCAGUCAGCUCGGCUUCGUACCAGGAAAAGAUGGACCAAACGUCCCAUCGACAAGUGCGGCUGCAGCAGAAGGAGGAGGCAUGGUCAACAAUAUGAAGAUUCGAUUGUACGUCAGGAAGGGGCAGCAUUGGGAAAACUUGGGAGCUGCGCGUCUUACGGUCCUCCCAGCACCAUCAACCGCCGCAGAAAGUGGCAAAUCAACGCCAAAUCGGCCAUUGGCGACUCCAGGCGCCUCUCCACCACCAACAGCCGGCCCUUCUCGAUCUCCCUCGAACCUUGCAGCAGGAGGCCAACUAGGACAAAACCGUGGGCCUCGCCUCCCAAGCUCUAGCCACACUCCACAUCGCGUCCAUGGCAAUGGUCGCGAGAAGCGCAUUCUUAUUACUCAAAACAAGAAUCACGACGUUGUGCUGUUGGACAGUGUGCUGGGUGAAAGCUGCUUCGAGCGCGUGAUGCAGACAGGCAUUGCGGUCAAGACCUGGAGCGAGGACGAGGUUAUUGCCGACACAGGCGGCGUGACUCUGGGCAAGGAACGAGUGUACAUGAUGCAAUUUCCGGGCACGAGGGAAGCGGGCUGGGUCUUUGGUCUCUGUGGCACGUAUAGAUACGGCGUUGGUGCCACCGAAUGAGACCGAGGUCGAGGCAUUAGUGACUGACUUCAGCGAAGACCGGAUUAGAUUUUACGAGCCAUUGUGGAUUUGCGGGUUUUGAUUUUUCAGCGUGGAGUUCAAGGACGAGAUUUUUCUUUUGUUGUGGUCAACUGAUUCGGUGUCGAUGUACCCAAGUUCUUCCACGCCGGGCGUUCUUGGGGGUGAAGAUAGAUACGGCGAGACGGUACCAUGUGGGCGGGCGGGCGAGGAUAAAGUCAUGCGGGAGCAAAAGGGACCGGACAAAUCUGGAGUCACGAGCUGGGACGACGGCGAGGUACCUUGUGCAACGGUACGAGGCUAUCGAUCGAUAGAUAUCACCAGGACGGGUUUGGUUCCCUACAAGAUGUAAUUACUCCGUGCGAGGUGUACCUACAUAGGUAGUCUUUUCCACGUUGUUCAAAACUGCUCAGCAACG